UUCUUACGAAUUCAAUAACUGCACGAUAAUUCUAACCUCAAAGUAUUUUAGCUUCUACACCAAUUUUAUAUAAAACGAAUAUUUUCAUAAUAAAUAACUUUUCCCUUAUAAUCGUAACGAUAUUAUUACAAUAAGCAGAUAAUCACGAAGAGAAACCAUGAUUACAUUGAGAGGAAAAUUGAAAAAAGAUGCUGAGAUUACAAAUUCUAAAAAUAGAGAUUAUAAUAAAAGGGCAUCUGUUCGCGAUAAGCUGCUGAUAAAAGAGGUACAAGAAAUGGAACAAACGCUUCCAGUUACCUGUCAAGUAACGUUUAAUGAUCCUCAUAGGUUAUAUGAAUUUACGCUUUCGAUUAUACCCGAUGAGGGAUAUUGGGUUGGUGGACGCUUUUUCUUCGACAUUUAUAUAUCAGAAGAUUAUAAUAUGGCUCCACCAAAGGUAAAGUGUUUAACAAAAUUAUGGCAUCCUAACAUAAGCGAGGAUGGUGAUGUGUGUCUAUCAAUAUUAAGACAAAAUAGUAUAGAUGGGAUGGGAUGGGCGCCAACCCGUAAACUAAAAGAUGUUGUAUGGGGUUUAAAUUCACUCUUUACUGAUCUUUUAAAUUUUGAUGAUCCUUUAAAUAGAGAUGCAGCUGAAUUGUUUAUUAAAGAUAAAGAAUCUUUUCGUACUAAGGUAAAGUAUUACGUUAUGCAGUAUGCAAAAAGAUGAUUUCAAAUUGAAAUUCUUAAUGCAACAGUGUAAUUAUGCACUCACCGAAUUAGAACCAUGAUUUUUGCAAAAAAAAAAAAGAAAAAAAAAAAACACCCAAAAAGGAAUUAAAACUUGGCGUUUUCAAAGAAAAUUGAACAUUAUAUUUUGAUAUUUUCUUACUAGUCUUCUUAUCUUAGAACAAGUGUAAUUUUAUUUUUAUUUCUUUUAAACAUCCAAAACAUUCAACUUGUUGCUAUUGUCGAAAGUACAAGAAGGAUGCAUCAAAGAUAUGUCACAUGUACGAUAGAUCUUUCUCAUCACAGAUUAUCUAUGAGAACACAAUUUGUAAAUAAAUUCAAUAUUUAAUAAAAAAUCUACAUCUUUUUAAACGAGUAA